GAGGGGGCAGGGUGUAGCUCAGCUGGCCAGCCCCUUCCCUAUGCUUCUUUCUAGCUCUCUUUCUCAUUCUGUCUGUUUAACUCGUUGCAGCAAAUCUUCAGAAACUCCAACUUCAACUUGGACUUUUUCUUUAACAACAACCUUCACAAACCUUUAAGAACAACUUAGGAAAACCUAAAAGGAGAAUUGCUGACUGGAUUUUCUUUCAUUCUCUCCUGCGCAGAAUGGUUUAGGGUAUUUUUAGACCCCGGUGUGAUCCAGCUUAACACAAUUGUAGCGUGUGUUUUGUUGAUGGAUUUAAGCGUUGCAUGCAUCGUCUUUUCACACAAUCAACUGGGGCCAAAAAGGAUUUAACGAAGGAGUUAGGUCCUUGUUUCUAUGGUAACACUGCAUUUUCCUGAGACUUUGAAGGACUGAAACUUAUCACUGAACAUCCAGCAAAUCCAACAUCCAAGCUCUCUUCACCAAUGAGCGGCCGCAGCGAGUCGGUCCCUUCAGCUCGGACCAGGACAUUUUUGGAUGAUGUCAUGCUGACCUUCAGUUCACCAAUGGCCUGGCUGCUGGUUGUGGCCCUGGUCGUCACGUGGUCAGGAGUAGCCAUCGUUCUCUUUGACCUCCUGGAUUAUAAAAGCCUGGCAGAGUUCACCUCAUACUGUGACGACCCCGUGUGUUUGCCUCCUGGUCUCCCCCCUCCUCCUGCCAUCGUUAAGAAAGGUUUGAAGGCUAGAGGUGCUGUGCGUCCAAUCAGAUCAAGCCCUGCUGAUCUCACUGGUGAUGUCUCACCUAAGGAAAGUGCUGAUUGGCUGGAGUUGAUUUGGAGUUUUGCUACAAGUUUGGUGGCGCCUGAUGAUGAGGAGGAAGGUAUUCACCAGCUAACUGAAACCCUAACAUCUUUCCACUCUGAGGAGUUCUGACAGGAGUGUGAAGAGAAGAAGAGGCUCGCGGGUGAGAGUGAAGCGCUGGGGAGAAGACGACGAGGCCUAAAGAGAAGGCUGCAUGAAGAGAUGUGGAUGAUGAAGGACGCAGUAACAGCAGGAUUUACUCCACUCAGUCUGUGGUUCAUGUGUUGAAAAUAAAGUGUCCGUUUGCUCACGCACGGUAACAGAG